AGUGGAGUCGUCUUCACCUUUCGCCCCUCCCUCACAUGCCCACGCCAUCAUCAUUCUUCCCCUCCCUUUACGCACUCCACACUUCCCUUCUACUCCUCCUCUAGCUCCCUCCUUGUCGCAGAUCAACACGCUCGAUUCCGUCCAUCAUAGUUCGUUUGAAAUCAGUCGUCCUUCCCUCCUCCUGCAUAUUGCCUCGAGCCCUUGACCAAGAAACUAUCCAGAAGAAAUUUCAGCCGCGCAUGGCAUUCUCCCAGUCAGAAGCAGCACGGCGAGCUCUCCGGGAGCUCAGUGAGUGAGCAGUGAGCACUUCCCAGACAGGCAACUAGCCAGGGAGAGAGCCAGGCGUUCCGAGCUUUCCGACCCAAAGCUGCUGCGUUCUUGGGCAGUGGCACGAGCUGUCAGCUUUUUGUUUUGUUCUGUUUCUUCUUUCACUUCCAAGUCCCAGAGAAAAAGCAUCUCUUCUUUCUGCUCCUGCAGUCUCGCUUCUCUUCCACUCGCAGUUCUCGCGCGGCAAUCACGAUCCUACUUACGCGCGCGCCGAAACGAGGGGAAAGAAAUGAAAUUUGGGAGCUGCCGUGAUUUUCUCCUACUACUUCCCAUCCGGGCCGCGUCCAGCCGAUAAUCCCCACUACCCCGCCUCCGCCGGGAAUCACGAUCCGCUCAACGGAUUCCCUUCCGUCUUCGCAGCGGCCCAUCCAAAUUCCAUAAAGUUGGGGGCGCCUCCUUUCCAAGAUUUCUGUGCGCUCCUGCAGUGGUGGUCAGCGGGGAGCCAUGGAGUGGGACAAGGCAAGCUCCGCCGCCGCCGCUGCGCCGGCGGACGAGACGGGCGGCGCGGGGGAGGCGCUGGGGUACGUCAAGGUGAUGACGGACGAGCAGAUGGAGGUCCUCCGCAAGCAGAUCUCCAUCUACGCCACCAUCUGCGAGCAGCUCGUCGAGAUGCACCGCGCACUCACCGCGCACCAGGACUCCAUUGCAGGUAUGAGGCUUGGUAAUUUGUAUUGUGAUCCUCUAAUGGUUCAUGGAGGCCACAAGAUCACAGCGAGGCAGCGAUGGACACCAACCCAGAUGCAGCUGCAGAUCCUUGAGAGCAUUUUUGACCAAGGAAAUGGAACACCAAGCAAGCAAAAGAUCAAAGAUAUUACAGCGGAGCUCUCACAGCACGGCCAGAUCUCAGAGACUAAUGUCUACAACUGGUUCCAGAACAGACGUGCAAGGUCGAAGCGGAAGCAGGCAGCUUCUCUACCAAAUAACGGUGAAUCUGAAGCUGAGGCAGACGAGGAUUCCCCAACUGAGAAGAAGCCUAAAUCAGAUGAGCCACCGCAGCAGACCAUGGCUGCGAGGUCUCACAAUCCUGAAAGAUUCUCAGAGAUGCAUCAUCACUUCGACACAGGGCAUGAGCAUGGCACCAUGUAUGGAUCUACCAAUGACAAUAGCUCGAGGUCGUCAGGCAGUUUGGGCCAGAUGUCCUUCUACCAGACCAUCAUGUCGAACCCAAGAAUGGACCAGCUCUUGGGGAAGGCGGAGACCUCCGGGAGCUUCUCCCAGCUCCGGCAGGGUGGAAGCUUUGACAUGUACGGAUGACAUGGUGAAUCUGAAUGACACGGUGUCCCUGUAAAAAAAAGUGAAAGUUUUCAACAUGCGCUUGUUUUGCUCACAUGAAGUGAGAAAUUUGCGUCGGUAGUAGCAUCUAUGUGUUGGUUAUCACGGUCUUGUUGACCUCCUCAGUUGAGUAACUAGCUUGAGUGAAAUGUGUUUUCUCAUGGAAAUAGUUUUGAGAAGCUAAUAUAUAGUGUUUGUCCUUAGGCUACAUAUUCUUCAAGCGAUGGUGAUCAGUCUCACGGUUUGAAUUUGUACCCUAAAAUGGUAGGCUGGUUUUAUAUUCGUUUCCGUGUCACUUUAACCGUCAGAACUAACGCUGUUUU